CCACGCUCGCCUCCCUGUUCUGGAAGGGCACGCGGUGGCCCCUUGCACCGGGCCAUCGGCCGUGGUGCCCCAUCAGUGCCGGCAUGCGCGCAGCAGGUGCAUGUCCUCUUGAUUUGAGCCCUGUAAGAUGAUCACAACCCGGAGGCGAGCCUUGCAUGGCGAAUAGGCCGUGCGAUCGUCAGGGCGUGCAGCUCGGCGGUGGAGAUGCUGCUGUGAGAGGGGGAGCACCUGAACGCUCGCACUGGGUCGGAGUGUAUGUUAUGUAUAAAGGGAUCGUCCUGCGGUUUUCGGUAGUGAAGAGGUGCAGACAGAGACCUUGUGGCUUCAACCUGACUUUCUUUUCUUGUCUAUACCCUCGUUUUCUUUAUACAAGAGUGUCAUCAUGCUGUCUAAGAUAUUGAUCACUGCUGCGGUUUUGGGUGGGGUGGUGAGAGGUGUCCCGCUUAGGGAGAGAAGACAGGCGACGGUGCCUCAGUUCGUGCUAGAUUAUGCCCCUUUAGUCUGGUUACAUUCCCAAGAAGCGUAUCUACCAUCAGACAUAUCCGCCCAACUCGCCAACACGAAACCCGAACAUGAAUUUGUCGCCGUUGCAGGUCCAUCACCACUCACUCUGGACAACCUAAACCAACUGAACUCUCCAAACACCACCUACCUCACAUCCACAGUAGACAUUACCACCAAUCCUGCUUUCUUGAAUGGAGUAAAGCCUGACGCAUCGGGGAAAACUAACGAUGCCGUCUCAGCUGCUAUCAUCGUGAACGACCAUGGAUCUGGAAACGUGGACGCCUUUUACAUGUACUUCUACGCCUUCAACUGGGGAGGAAUCGUCCUAGGGCAGAACCUAGGUAACCACGUUGGUGAUUGGGAACACAACAUGAUCAGGUUCAAGAAUGGCGUGCCAGAUCUGGUAUGGUACUCGCAACACUCAAAUGGCGAGGCCUUCAAGUACUCCAUCCUGGAAAAGAAUGGUCUCCGGCCCAUCUCAUACUCUGGCAAUGGCUCCCAUGCCAACUACGCCAUCAAGGGGAAACACGAUCAUACUAUCCCGAAUCUCAACCUCCCCGACGGCCUCAUCGUCGACAACACAGACCAAGGCACUCUGUGGGACCCAACUCUUUCCACAUACUAUUAUGCCUACGACCCGGCCGCGUCUUCAUUCACGCCUUACGAUAGCAGCACCCCGGUGAAUUGGCUGAACUACACCGGACGAUGGGGAGACGAACAGUAUCCGGAUAGCGACAAGCGCCAGAAGAAGUUCUUCGGUCAACCUAAGUAUGCCACAGGUCCAACGGGACCUGCGGAUAAGCAAUUGAACAGGACGGAUGUGUGUCCUAGCAAUGGAAACGAAUGUAUCCAUCGCGGCAUACUUGUUCCGCGCGAUCUUUAAGGCGAUUGUGCUUCUGCAUUUUGGACGGCGUGUGGUAUACCUAUAUCCCUACAGGACACGGCUUUGCAUAGUGCAUGUUUUGGUCGGAUUAUGUGGAAGUCCC